AUGGCCAUGUCUCUCGCGGAUUUGCUGCUGCCUUUGUUUCUACUCGUCUUUCUCACAAGAUCCCGGUCACAGUGCCCCACAAAUCCAUCCGCAAUCGUGAACGACACACAGGUUCUUCUCUCUCUCCGUGACAGGCUUGGCAUCAAAGUGUGGAACGAGACUGCCGAUCCAAGAGCAUGGCGGGGAGUGGAGUGGAGCUCGGACAACCAAGUGGAGGGCCUCGCUCUGUCCAGGUUUAAUCUCUCGGGAGUUUUUCCUGCCACCUGGGCCGAGCUUCCAUCGCUGGCUCGCCUGGACCUCUCGCAAAACGGCCUCUCCUCGCUGGAAGUCCCUUGCAAAAAUACGCAGCUCAACCUCCUCAACUUGAGCUCCAAUUCCCUGCAAGAGUUCCCCGGAAAUCUCUCCAGCCUCAAGAGUUUGGAAAGCCUGGACCUCAGUGGGAACAACUUAACAGUGGCCAGACUCCCAAACUUUAGCUUGAUGCUGCGAUCGCUCAACCUGUCCAUCAACAACUUAACUGGGAGCUUUUCCAUUGGUGGUAACCUGGGACUGGAGGCACUGGAACUCUCGCACAACGGACUCAGCGGCUCCAUUCCAGAAACUUUCGGGGAGAUGACGAACUUGACGCGCCUGGACAUAUCGUAUAACAGGUUUAGAGGAGAUCUACCCGAUAUUUGGAGCAAGAACUUGGAGCUCAGGUACAUGCGUAUCUCCGAAAAUUCGCUCCAGGGUGGUUUGCCACCGAGCUUGAGAAGGCUACGCAAGCUCUCGGAAUUACACGCUGCAUACAACUCUCUCUCCGGGCCACUGGAGCUGGAAGAUAGCGACUUUGCAAGCAUCGAGGUUUUGGACCUCGGGCUAAACGGGUUUAACGGAACGAUGCCGGCUACGCUGGGAAGCUUGAGGAACAUCAGAGAGAUAUGGCUCGACAGCAAUAACUUGACUGGAACAAUUCCAGGCGAGCUCUCGAAGCUCUCGCAUCUCCAGAAGCUGGUUCUCAUGGGGAAUCGUUUUAGUGGCGCCAUCCCAGGCGAGCUCUCGAAGCUCUCGCAUCUCCAGCAUCUCGUUCUCACCGGAAAUCGUUUUAGUGGCGCCAUACCUCCGGAGCUUGGGAACUGCUCGAACAUCAGACAGAUCUUGCUCGACAGCAAUAACUUGACUGGAACAAUCCCAGGAACGACUGAGCUCGUCGUUCUCUGGCUGGGGCAGAACAAGUUCUCUGGAAAUCUCCCUGACAGCUUCGGGAAUUUGAGCCGCCUGCUCCUUCUGUCGCUUUCCAGAAACGAUCUUGUCGGUUCAAUCCCGGCCAUAUUGCAAAACAUGUCGUCUCUGCAGUUCCUCUUCCUCUCAAACAACAGCUUCAGCGGCUCCAUACCGGACUGGCUUCCCAGGCUCACGAACUUACGAGCCAUGGACUUCUCGGGUAACAGGUUCUCUGGGGAGAUGCCGGAAAGCAUUGGCCGACUGUUUGCCAACGUCCAGCUUUACAACAAGAACAAACGGUCUGUGAUGAUUCAAACCGGGGGAGGACUCGUCUACAACGGCUUCGCCGUCCCGACCUACAUAAACUUCUCCUUCAACCAGCUGACUGGAAGCAUUCCAGCUGCCAUUGGCGACCUCUACAAGCUCCAGGUGCUGGACCUGAGCCACAACCAGCUCAUUCCCGAGUCCCUGGGGAAGGCAAGGAAUCUCUCCUGGGUGGGGCUCGCAAGCAAUCGUCUCAAUGGCUCCAUACCAUCGUCCGUGGCGGACCUCUCGUUUCUCAGCUUCUUCGACGUCUCCAACAACAGCCUGGUGGGACGGAUACCUGACAGCCCGCAACUCUCGUCCAUGGACGCGGCUCUCUUCGCUGGGAAUCAGCUCUGUGGCUUGCCACUGACCAACACCUGUUCGAGCACUGCUAUGCCGCCACAUAAGCUUAGAACAGAGGGACAAGGUGGUAGCGAACAGGACCAAGGAGGCGUGACAACACUUGUCAGCAUCGCCAUCUUCGUGGCAGCCUUCUUCAACGCGUUCUUCUGGACCUACUUUGCGGCAAACCACAGAGCUCAUUCCCAGCUCUGUGGAUGCUGGCAAUCAAAUCUCUAG